CCAGCGUCGCGGUCGAUCAUUCGCGACGACGACGCUGAGCCGCGCGACUGUGCCAUCGCCGCGACGCGCGACGCGACUCGAUAAUCGCAGCUGCUUCAGAUGGCCGGAUGACGAUGUCGCUGCUAUGCGUCACGAUCAAGAAAGCGCGACUACAGGGCAGUGUUGAUGAGUUCAACACUUACGUCACGGUCAAAUUACAAAAUGUUAAGUCCACAACUGCUGUUGUGCGUGGUAAUAUACCAUGCUGGGAACAGGAGUUCAUCUUCGAGACGAAUCGCCUUGACGAAGGUAUGAUAAUCGAACUGUGGUCCAAAGGGGUGUUGUGGGAUCGCCUACUUGGCGUUCACUUCAUGCCUCUUACGGAUGUGCGAUAUUGCGCUGCUCCGGGUGAUGGGAAAUGGUUACAAAUGGAUCAAGAAUUAGAAACCCGUAACGGGCAAACUAUAGGUACUAGCAAACCCACUGGUCACAAUGUACUCGUCGAUUCACGGUUCGAAUUGCCUUUUGAUGCUCAAGCAGAAGACGCUGAGGAACUACAGGCCAAACUGCAGGCAUUAAAUCGAUUAAUAGAUAACGACCAAGUCGUGCCAAAUAACCAUCAACGAGUGCCUUUUACACAUUCCGGAAUUUCUGAAGAUAGCGACUACACGUCUGACGUCUCGUUCCCAAUUCAUCAUCAACCGAAUAGCUCCGCACAUCAAUGGGAUUCACACUUACAUCCUCAUAGAUAUCGGCAUCAAAAAGACCCAACGCUGCAGGCUAGUUACGAGGACGAAGAAGACGCAUAUCACGCGCAACCCGACGACCAAUACCACGAUUCCGCUCAUCAUUACGAUAGUGAUUACGCCGUAAAAACGUACGGCAGUGAGGUGCCUUCGCACGAUUACGAGUACUCAACCUAUGACGCGGAAGCGUCGACGGGUCGCGGUGUGCCGUCUGGCAAUCAAAAAAUGUCCUAUGAUCAACAUUACACUGAUGCCUAUGGAUAUGAGGUUAAUGGCUACAAAGAAGAGGAAUACUACCAAGAUGAAGAGCCGGACGAACAACAGCAUAAUGCUCAUUUUGGCCGAAAUCCUCGAUAUGCGGAGCCGUACGGCUCGUUGGAAGGCACAUCUGACUAUCGAGAGGAGUAUAGGCAACAGUAUCCUGGCGAUUACUGGAAUGAACAGGAGCCUCUCUCCUACAACAGUCGGCCACCGCAACCAGUCCAACCUUUCCGAUCUUGGCAUGAUUCCGUUGAAGCUGCCGAAUCUGGGACGGAGAGAGAAAAGAGCAUGGAUGAUCAGAACACCUAUGUAGAAAGUGAAGGACGAAAUUCCAAAGCAAGUUAUCGGACAUCAUCUGUUGACAAAACAGAACGACGGUACGAUAGCGAUACGAGUUACGUCGGUGGACGAACGUCAUCUUUGGAAAAAACGGAACGACGGUACGAUAGCGAUGCCAGCCGUCGCACAGAUCGGACUCCCUCCGUCGACAAAACGGAGCGACGAUAUGACAGCGAUGCAAGCCGUCGGACAGAGCGGACACCCUCGGUAGAGAAAGUGGAACGACGAUACGAUAGCGAUUCAAGUCAUCGUGGGGACUUAUAUGGAGAUGAGUAUGAAAAUCGGCGAACCGAGUCACGAACGUAUAAUUGGCGGUAUGAUAGCAUACAAGAGGAAGACCAUGUCAAAGAAGAUUACCAUGAUGACAAAGCGAUAAGAAAUUGGCGAGAUGAACCGUCGAAGGAUGAAGAGUGGCAUCCGGAAGAGCAACAUCCACAAAUCAUCGAUGAAGGAGAGCACUCAGCUACGGAAGGUUACCAGGCGGAUCGAGAAGACUCGUCCAGACAGAAUAGUGUGGAACGUAAUGAAGCAGUGACCCAACCGUCUACGGAUAUUGCACACCAAACAAUCCAAGAAGAAGAUGAGAAACGAACUCCACACGAGCUUUGGCAUUGGGCAUACAAACAAGUGUGCAAAAGCCUUGGAUACAAGUCGACGGUCUUGGACGGAAAUGGAUCUGCGGCUGCGAAUGCCUUCUACAAAAGCAUCGAUGCGGCACCGAAUAUGAAUGUGGCUCGAACGAAGACGGGCAUUCCGCUCGUCUCAGAAUUGACCAUGGCCACGAAGAGAGCUCAAGCUGGAUUAGCAAAUGCAGCAAAAACUACGUUUGGAGAUGAGGAAUUGAAGCAACACGUGUAUCGAAAGUGCCUACAAGCUUUGAUCUAUCCGAUCAGCUGUACUACACCACAUAAUUUUCAAACAACCAAUUUCCAAACUCCUACUUGGUGCUAUGAAUGUGAAGGAUUGUUAUGGGGACUGGCCAGACAAGGUUUGCGCUGCACAGAAUGCGGGGUCAAAGUUCAUGAGAAAUGCCGAGAAUUGCUCAGCGCCGAUUGUCUGCAGAGAGCGGCUGAGAAGAGCUCAAAGCAUGGUGAAGGAGAACGAAUACAGUCAUUAGUGGCAGUGAUUCGAGAUCGAAUGAAGAUACAAGAAAAGAACAAGCCUGAAAUUUUCGAAACUAUACGCACUGUUUUCGGUGUUGAUGAACGAACACAACAAGAGACACUGAAGCAAGUGAAGACCAGCAUUCUUGAGGGUAGCAGUAAAUGGAGUGCGAAAAUAACUUUGACGGUAAUCUGUGCGCAAGGAUUGAUUGCAAAGGAUAAAACUGGCAAGAGUGAUCCGUAUGUGACAGCACAGGUUGGUAAAGUGAAACGACGAACUCGAACCAUCCACCAAGAACUGAAUCCUGUAUGGAAUGAGAAGUUCUACUUCGAAUGCCACAACUCUACGGAUCGUAUCAAAGUACGUGUAUGGGAUGAGGACAACGAUCUGAAGUCGAAGCUAAGGCAAAAAUUGACACGAGAGAGUGAUGACUUUUUGGGGCAAACCGUGAUUGAAGUUAGGACGCUGUCUGGAGAAAUGGACGUAUGGUAUAAUUUAGAAAAACGAACGGACAAGUCUGCUGUGUCUGGAGCGAUUCGAUUGCACAUCUCUGUCGAAAUCAAGGGAGAAGAAAAGCUGGCAUCUUAUCAUGUACAGUACACCUGCUUGCAUGAACAUCUCUUCCAGGCGAUGUCCAUAGAGAAUGAUGAGUUGAAACUGCCAGAUGCAAAAGGUGAAGAUAGCUGGAAAGUUUAUUUCGAUGACGUUGGCCAGGAAAUUGUUGAAGAGUUUGCCAUGCGCUAUGGGAUUGAAAGUAUCUAUCAGGCUAUGACACAUUUCGCAUGCCUUUGUACAAAGUAUAUGUGUGUCGGUGUUCCAGCCGUAUUGUCGACUCUACUUGCCAAUAUCAAUGCCUUUUAUGCACAUACGACGGCCACUUCAGCCGUAUCAGCAUCGGACCGAUUCGCUGCUUCAAAUUUUGGUAGAGAACGAUUCGUAAAAUUGCUCGAUCAACUGCACAAUAGCUUACGAAUAGACCUCAGCAUGUACAGGAAAUAUUUUCCCUCUUCUUCACCGGCAAAACUCCAAGAUCUUAAAUCCACAGUCGAUUUGCUCACUUCCAUCACGUUCUUCCGGAUGAAAGUACUGGAACUCGCCAGUCCACCUCGAGCUUCCAAUGUCGUCUCGGAAUGUGCCAAGGCAUGCAUGCAGUCCACAUACCAAUUGUUGUUCGACUCGUGCUGUGAACAAGGUGCACCUUCGUCGGAAUCCGUCCGAUUUUGGUUCGACUUCCUUGACUACAUGAUGCGCGUAAUCGAAGACGAUCGGACUGUAUAUGGGCCAAGUCUCAAUCAAUUCCCACAAGAGCUCAAUGUUGGCAAUUUAUCGGCCGGAACGCUAUGGACACUAUAUAAAAUGGAUUUGAAAAUGGCGUUGGAAGAGCAUGCGACAACAAAGAAAUGUCCGACGCCAGAGUACAUGAAUUUGUACUUCAAAGUGAAAGGAUUCUACUUUAAGUAUGUGUCCGAGUUACCCCAGUAUAAACAAUCGAUACCAGAAUUUCCAGCGUGGUUUAUCCCAUUUGUCAUGGACUGGUUGAACGAGAACGAUGAGCACUCGAUGGAUAUCCUGAGGAACGCCUACAAUAGGGACAAGGCGGACAACUUCCCACAAACAUCCGAUCAUACGCGAUUUUCAAACAGCGUUGUCGAUGUGUUCACACAGCUCAAUGAGGCUCUUAAAUUGCUCAAACAAAUGGACUGCCCCAAUCCUGUUGUCUAUGCGGAUAUGAUGAAGAGAUUCAGCAAGACUUUGAACAAGGUCCUGUUAGCCUAUGCUGACAUGGUUCAUAAGGACUUCCCGAAAUUUUCAUCAAAUGAGAAGCUUGCAUGCAUCCUUAUGAAUAAUGUGCAACAACUCAGGGUUCAACUAGAAAAGAUCUAUGAGACAAUGGGUGGCUCAGAACUUGAUCCAACUUGCAGUCAAGUACUGACGAACCUACAGAAGAAGCUGAACAGCGUCUUGGAUAAACUUUCUGGCCAGUUUGUUACCACCCUUGAACCGAUGAUCCAAGAACAAACGAACAAACUCGGAGCGUUGUUGACUAAGAUCAAAGGACCGCAAUUGCAGAAGACCCAGGUGGCAGCGGAAGUAGACAUCGUAUUGGAACCGUUGAUGGAUUUGCUCGAAGGCUCAUUGCAGCGAUACUUCCAACAAUGUGAAAAGACUGUGCUCAAGUAUAUCCUAAAGGAGCUCUGGCGAAUAACGAUCGUCGACAUGGAGAAAAUGGUUGUUUUACCUCCGUUGGCUGACAAGACUUUACUCAAGCAACUGCCCAACGCCAAGAUUCAAGAUGUCACGAAAUUAAUGUCCACCAACAUACAAAAUAUCAAAGGAAUGAGCUCCGUUAAAGAGAUGAUGGACAUGGCUCGAGAAUGUGAACGAUCAUUGACGCCGAAGCAAUGCACAGUAUUGGAUGCAGCCCUUGAUGCAAUCAAAGAAUGCUUCCAUGCUGGUGGGCAAGGCUUGAAGAAGUCGUUCUUCGAGAAGAGUCCCGAGUUACAAUCUUUGAAGUAUGCGCUAAGCUUGUACACGCAGACGACAGAACAACUUAUCAAGACGUUCAUAACCAGCCAAAAGCAGCAAGAUUUGCCAUCUCAAGAACAGCCUGUCGGAGAGGUUAGCGUGCAAGUGGAUCUGUUCAGCCAUCCUGGCACCGGGGAGCAGAAAGUCACCGUCAAAAUUCUUGCGGCGAAUGACCUGCGAUGGCAAACUUCGUCUGUCUUCAAACCGUUCGUUGAAGUGCAUCUGGUCGGUCCACAUCUAUCCGAUAAGAAACGAAAGAUGGCAACGAAGAGCAAGCCAGGCAACUGGGCACCAAAGUUCAAUGAAACGUUCCAUUUCUUCCUCGGCAACGAAGGAGAGCCAGAACACUACGAGUUGAUGUUCCAAGUGAAAGAUUAUUGCUUUGCACGAGAAGAUCGUAUUGUUGGCGUUGGAGUGCUUCAACUUGCGAAUGUUGUUGAACAAGGGUCAUGUGCUAUGUGGGUACAACUUGGUCAACGCUUGCAUAUUGACGAGACUGGUUUGAUAUUGUUGAGGAUUUUGAGUCAAAGGCAAACUGAUGAGGUCGCUCGUGAAUUCGUUCGCUUAAAAUCGGAAUGCCGUCACGAAACCGAAACACCACUAGCAGCAUCAGCCAGUAAUCAAAACAUUGGCCGAUAUGUUCUCCAAGUUGACCUAACGCAUUGCGGGGUGUUGUUAUGUGCAGUGCAAUUGCACAAUCACAGUUACGUGUACACAAACAGUGAUUCUCUCUCUAUAGAUUGUAAGUUCGAUAAUGACCAAAUCAACAAGAUUUCUGUUGUGAUCAGAGCCGAACAUAGCUAUAUGGACAGAAACCUUGUCGAAUUUGAUGGUUGGGCGGGGCUGGAUUUGAAGACGGGUCUGCAACAAUAA